AUGCUAAAUAGAACGUGGAACUACCAACCAACAGCAUGUUUCCAUGACGGAGAAAACAGAUGGGCUGAUGCCUUGGAGAGCCAUGAGUUUGUCAAUACAUGGCUGGAAAGGGAUCCAAUCACCUCGGCGCAGCGCUUCGUGGAACAAAUUAGGACGGGAAUGAGGGAAGGGAGGGAUGAUCCUACUUCAAUCAUCACCACUCUUGAAGGAUACACUUCAUCUCCAAUGCGGUUGAGAUCGCUCGCUGAGGUUAAGGACGUAGUAUCCGCUCUGACGAAUCACUUGCUCUUCCCAGAGCUUGAAAGGCCUGGUGACGGGAACUCAACCGGCCCUCGCAAAGAGAUGUACUGCAUUCUCUUUUCAAUUCUUAUAUCCAUUCCCCCAAUGGAAAAUGACAAGAUAUCGAUUUCGCGACUCCGUGACCUGGUCUCAAGACUUCAUCUUCCUUACGGGCCGGACCUCAACAUCCGUCAACCUUCUAGGGAUAUCAUACUUCGUCACGGUGAUGGAAGACUGUCUACGAAACCACAUCAGUGCCAUUCCUCGCAAGUCUUAUUCAUCGCAGUUUCCGAAAAUGACCAGUGCAUUUUCUCUGCGUCUUCCACGGAAAUGUCGAUAUUGUGCUUGAAGAAUCUCAGCCACCCCGCGCAGAUACCUUUCCGCUCAGAAGAGCCGAUCAAAUCUGUUGCAAUAUCUGCUGACGGACAAUAUCUGGCACUGGGCUCUUCAAUCGCUGGAGUGGAAACGCGAAGGCUGAACUUAUUAGAUCAUGCAACCGGUCAUCGGGAACUUCUCGCUGUGUCCAGGGCCCGAAGGGUGGCUUUCUCCCCAGAUGGACUCAAAAUUGCCGCAGCCUUGGAUGACUCCACAAUCAAAAUUUAUAACCGCAUUUCCGCAGAUGACCCGGCCAUUAGGAUACUGAUCGGCCAUCGUGAUUGGAUCAGGUUCCUAGCCUUUUCUCCCAACGGAUACUACCUCGUAUCUGGCUCAGACGACUGCACUAUUCGGGUUUGGGAUGUCAGUGCAGACAACCUGGGACAGCAGACAGUGGCCGUGAAAGUGAUCAACAGUGGUCAGGGAGUCGUGCGAACUGUUGCAGUCCACCUUGAAUAUCAGACGGGGCCGAACGAGGAGACUGAGGGAGAUCGGACAAUUCAACCUACUAGCAACACAGUAUUAGGGAAUCAUCAACUCAACCCCGACGCCUCUAUACAAGGUCCUCACAUUGCCGAUAUAAACACUUUCGAAGACACCACAUCCGUUUUCCCCAGAGUCGCAAGGACCUACACCCCAGCCUUAACCAUCAUCUCUGGCUCAGACGACGGAAGUAUAUGCAUCCAUAGAGAGGGACCUGAAGGGUUCAUGAAGACAGAAAAACUGGAAGAAAGGCACUCGACUUGGAUACGCUGUGUUGCUAUCUCACAAAGUGGUGAUAUGAUUGCUUCAGCCUCCGACGAUUGCACGAUUCGCUGCUGGGAGGUAAAGGCUGAGAAGGGCACGAAGACAGUGGCUAAAUACCAUACCAAGAGUGCUGUAUGUUCUCUUGCAUUCUCGAAGGACGGGAAGAAAUUGGUCACCGGCAACUAUCUUGGAGAGAUUCAAGUUUGGGAUGCAGAUGUACUCUUAUAG